ACCUAUUGUGAAUUGUGCGCUUUUUUUCCCCUCUUUGUGGCGGCGCAGCGUUUUUGCUCGAUUUCUUCGCGAUCGUCGUUUCAGAAAUCUUGGCAUGUUGUGAUGGACGCCAAGGGAGGCGAGGACGAUUCUAGCAGUAGUAGUAGUAACAGAAACUCCAAAUUCCGAUACGAGAUCCCUCUCGGCUACGUUGUGGAGGACGUUCGGCCAAACGGGGGUUUCGAGAAGCUCCGGCGUGCCGGAUUCACUGUGUGCGUGAGGAAACCAUCCUGACAUUCCUUCCAGGAGCUUCUCUCAGUAAGAUUUAGCUAGCGUUGGGAAGAUAGAUCUAGGCAGCCAGAUUUUUUUUUUCUUCGUCCUUCUAGCGGUCUUGGGGAAGCAUCAUGGGACUGGAAGUAGCUUGGGUGGCGGGGCUCCAGCAGGAAGAAGUGGCAGCUACUGUUGGAGCAGUGGCAACUACUGGCUUCGAGGGAUUCGAGAAGAGGCUGGAAAUCGAAUUCUCGUAUGGUCCAAGCAGCGAGGCAUCGGGUUUGAGGUCGGUUUCCAGGGAAGGCCUUGACAGGAUGCUCAAGGCGGCCGAGUGCACGAUAGUGGCCCAGCUUAGCAGCGACGAGUUUGAUUCCUACGUGCUCUCGGAGUCGAGCCUCUUCGUCUAUCCACUCAAGGUGGUGAUCAAGACUUGCGGCACCACCAAGCUGCUGAGGAGCAUCCCGGUUCUGCUGGAGCUGGCCUCGAGUUUGGAUCUCUCGGUCCGGUGCUGCAAGUAUCGGCGAGGGAGUUUCUUCUUCCCGGCAGAGCAGGAUUAUCCUCACCGCAACUUCACGGACGAGGUGGAGUUUUUGGACGGCUUCUUUAGCGGAGGAAGAGGCUACGUUCUUGGAAGUUCUUCCUCGGCACAGAAGUGGCACGUCUACGUAGCACCGGCGGUGGAAGACGAGUUUGGCAGCAGCGAGCCAAGUUUCACGCUCGAGAUGUGUAUGACGGAGUUGGACAGGAAGGUGGCGACCGAGUUCUACAAGGACGUGAAUUGCUCGGCCGAGGGAAUGACUCGAGCUGCCGGGAUUGAUGGUCUUCUCCCCGGUGCCAGGAUUUGCGACUUCGCCUUCGAUCCGUGCGGCUACUCCAUGAACAGCGUCGAGGGUGGCGCUUACUCGACGAUUCACGUCACUCCGGAGGAUGGUUUCAGCUACGCGAGCUUUGAGACCAUGGGAUAUGGACCGAGGGAGAUUGAUCUCCAGGUCCUGGUGGACAGAGUCUUGCGGUGCUUCAAACCGGGCUUCUUCUCGCUGGCACUUUAUGCGACUGGGAUCAGUGGAGCAGCCGGGAAAAAAAAUGGUGGCUCCUCCUGGGGUGUGGGAUUUGUUCCCAGAGGCUACUCUUGCGUGGGAAGUAGCCGCCAGGAACUUGGAAGUGGAGGAGAUGUUGUGGUCUAUCACACUUUCCGGGCCGAGGAGGAGCGAUCGUCGCCAUCGCCACCAUCGCCAGAUUGGUGGUCUUCAGUUCCAAGGCCUCUGGCAGUCUCGAUCGAUCCCAAGCGUCAGGAGCUGGAAAGUUUGAGCGACAUCAAGCUCAAGUCGAUCGAAACACUCAAGUUGAAGCAGCUGGUUGGCCGCCUGGUGCUGGAACAAGCUGCGUAAGGAGGAAAAGAAGAAAAACAAUAAGAACAAUAAGCGGCAUAUUCUGUCGCGUGUGAAAGAAUAUCCUUUGUGUGGUGUUUUAAGUU